UAAGUUGGCAACACUAAAAAGUUCCUCAAAUUGUUCAUUUCAUUUGUCGGUGUCUUUUUGUUUAAAUUUAAUUGAAUUAAAAUACCGUAUUAAAUUCUUAUUUUAAUUAAGUUACAUAAGCUUAAAUAAAAGCAAGUAAUUAAGUUCAUAGUUUCCUCAGUGAAGCGAGUAAUCGCCGAGAGGUUGAAAUUUUAUCAACAGUCCCGGCAAAAGGAAUAAUGACUGAAACCGAAGCUGCAGUGAAUCCCAAAGCCUAUCCAUUGGCUGACGCUGCUCUUACUGCUAAAAUAUUGAAUUUGGUGCAACAGGCUGCUAACUAUAAGCAGUUACGAAAAGGCGCGAAUGAGGCUACUAAAACCUUGAACCGUGGUCUUUCAGAGUUUGUCAUAAUGGCGGCUGAUGCUGAACCUCUAGAGAUUGUAUUGCACAUUCCAAUCCUCUGUGAAGACAAAAAUGUUCCAUAUGUAUUUGUGAGAUCAAAACAAGCCCUGGGACGCGCUUGCGGCGUCUCGCGGCCGAUCAUUGCCUGUUCUAUAACUAUUAAUGAAGGAAGCCAACUCAAACCACAGAUUCAAAGUAUUCAGCAAGAAAUCGAAAGACUCUUAGUUUAAGUGAUGUUGACUCUGAGUUAAGUGUGAAGAAUGAAUGUUAUUUUUAUGAAUACAUUGUGUAUUAUAUAAAACA